GACCCAGCCUUUUUAACAAAACAAACUACGAAAACAGCAAAAACAUGAAGAAAAAGGUACUGCUUAUGGGCAAGAGCGGCUCAGGGAAGACCAGUAUGCGGUCCAUCAUUUUUGCCAACUACGUUGCCCGUGAUACGACCCGUCUGGGAGCAACAAUCGAUGUGGAGCACUCUCAUGUCCGAUUCCUGGGCAACUUGGUUCUCAAUCUGUGGGACUGUGGUGGCCAGGAAAGUUUCAUGCAGCAAUAUUGUACGCAGCAGCCCGACAACAUCUUCCGCAAUGUUGAGGUUCUCAUUUAUGUAUUUGAUGUUGAGAGCCAGGAGCUGGAGCGGGACGUGCACUACUAUCAAAGUUGCCUCGAAGCAUUGCUUCACAACUCACCAGAUGCCAAGAUAUUUUGUCUAGUGCAUAAAAUGGAUUUGCUUGCCGAAGAACAGCGUGAUAUUGUGUUUAAGGUGCGCGAGGGAGAUCUCAUAGGAUUAUCGAAGCCCGGAAAUGUGACGUGCUUUCGCACUAGCAUUUGGGAUGAGACAUUGUACAAAGCAUGGUCGUCGAUUGUCACCAUGCUAAUUCCCAAUGUGGCAGCCCUGGAGAACUCUUUGACCCACUUUGCCAAUGUGAUUGAGGCGGAUGAGGUGCUGCUGUUCGAGAAGGCAACCUUUUUGGUCAUCUCACACUGUCAGAGCAAAAAGAAUCGGGAUUCGCAUCGGUUCGAAAAGGUUUCGAACAUCAUUAAACAGUUUAAACUGAGCUGCUCCAAGCUGGGGGCCAAGUUCCAAUCGAUGGAGGUGCGCAACAAUGCGUUUGCCGCUUUCAUCGAUACCUUCACCAGCAACACGUACAUCAUGGUGGUCAUGUCGGACCCCAAUCUCCCCUCGGAGGCGACGCUUGUCAAUAUACGCAAUGCCCGCAAGUACUUUGAAGAGUUGGAGAACCCGAAUAACGUUGCCACGAACCAUCACAACCACAAGUACCACUGAUGAACUGUCGGAUUGUUUGAUUGUCGUUAAGUUUAAUGUUUAUCAAUUUCUGUUACUGUUUGUUUUCCGUUACGAAAGCACACGGUUUAUUGUUGCACAGCGAAAGUCAAAAUGCUUCCCAAUAUGCAUAUACACAUAUAUAUAUAUAUAGCCAGCGCCUUCUUGUUCAGCGAACGAGUAUGAGCCUUAAUAUUUCCUACAUUUAUAAGAGCGCUUUAUACACUAAACCAUUAGGCCUUAAGUUGUAUACAAAGAACAAACACCAAACUAUGUAAAAAACAAACAUUUAUAAAUACAAAUGGCUAACC